AUGGCAUCGGCUUCCGGCGUCCAGCAAGCUGUCGUGGAGGCGAAGCUUCAGCAGGCGCUCUCUCCGGCGCUGCUCAAACUCGAGGACAAGAGCUGCGGCUGUGGUGCAGCGUUCGACUGCGUGAUUGUGAGCGAGGCCUUUGACGGCAAGAAACUCCUCCAGCGCCACAGGAUGGUCAACGAGGCUCUGAAGGACGAACUUCCGAGCAUUCACGCCUUCUCGAUACAGUGUCACACGCCGGAGGAGUGGACAACGAAACGACCGCAGUGA